AUGGCGAUGCAGCUUGAUCUUUCUCAAGCUUCUGUAAUGAAGGAUGAACAGGGCCGGCCAUUCAUCGUCGUUAGGGAUCAAGGAAAGAAGAAGAGACAGCACGGCACGGAUGCGGUGAAGUCACACAUUGUUGCCGCUAAGACGGUCGCCAGCAUCGUCAAGACCUCCCUGGGUCCCCGUGGUCUCGACAAGAUCCUGAUCUCCCCCGACGGAGAUAUUACCGUUACAAACGAUGGUGCCACUAUUCUCGGCCAGAUGGAAAUCACGAACAACGUCGCCAAGCUUCUUGUUGAGUUGUCAAAGUCUCAAGAUGAGGAAAUUGGUGAUGGAACCACAGGUGUCGUUGUGUUGGCUGCUGCUAUGCUGGAACAGGCGGCCGAACUCAUCGAUAAGGGCAUCCACCCUAUCCGGAUCGCAGACGGAUACGACCAAGCUUGCGAAAUUGCCAUUGCAGAACUCGAUAAGAUCAGUGAUGAAAUCCCCUUCACUAAGGAGGAUACUUCGAACCUGCUCAAGGUUGCCAAGACCAGUCUGGGUAGCAAGAUUGUUUCCAAGUCUCACGACCAGUUUGCGAAUAUCGCUAUUGAUGCAGUUCUCUCCGUGGCCGACCUCGAGCGCAAGGAUGUUGAUUUCGAGCUGAUCAAGGUUGACGGCAAGGUCGGAGGUGCCCUCGAGGACUCCCUCCUCGUGAAGGGUGUCAUUGUCGACAAAGAUUUCUCCCACCCUCAGAUGCCCGACGAGGUUCGGGAUGCCAAAUUGGCCAUCCUGACCUGCCCAUUUGAGCCCCCAAAGCCCAAGACCAAGCACAAGCUCGACAUUACGUCAGUUGAGGAGUUCAAGAAGUUGCAAGAGUAUGAGCGGGAGAAGUUCACCGAGAUGAUUCAGAAACUGAAGGACUCUGGCGCCAACCUAGUCAUCUGCCAGUGGGGUUUCGACGAUGAGGCCAACCACCUUCUGCUUCAGAACAAGCUCCCCGCCGUUCGCUGGGUUGGCGGCCCUGAGAUCGAACUGAUUGCCAUCGCGACGAAUGGUCGUAUUGUUCCUCGUUUCGAGGAUCUGAGCUCGGAGAAACUCGGAACCGCAGGUCGUGUUCGUGAGAUGACCUUCGGUACCACUCGGGAGAAGAUGCUCGUCAUUGAAGAUUGCGCCAACAGCCGUGCCGUGACGGUGUUCGUUCGUGGAAGCAACAAGAUGAUCAUUGAUGAGGCCAAGCGUUCGCUUCACGAUGCUCUUUGCGUCGUGCGUAACCUGGUCCGUGACAACCGUGUCGUUUAUGGUGGUGGUGCUGCUGAGAUUGCCUGCUCCAUCGCUGUUGAGGAUGCCGCUGUCAAGAGUCCCGGAAUUGAACAAUACGCCAUGCGCGCCUUCGCUGACGCCUUGGACGCCAUCCCGAUGGCACUUGCUGAGAACUCUGGUCUCAGUCCUAUCGAGACCUUGGCUUCGAUCAAGUCUCGCCAGGUCAAGGAGAAGAACACCCGUCUUGGUGUUGACUGCAUGAUGACCGGCAACAACGGUGCGUAUAGGGCCUUCCUUGAAACCGCAGGCAUCUUUACUAAUCAGCCAUCGAUAGACAUGAGAGAGCACUUCGCCAUCGACCCCCUGAUCGGAAAGCGGCAGCAGCUGUUGCUUGCUACUCAGCUCUGCCGUAUGGUUCUUAAGAUCAACAAUGUCAUCAUUGCGGGCGACGAGGAUCAGGAAUUCUAG